AUGAGCACCACCGUGGGCUCGGCGAUGGUAGCCGCGUCCUUGAAACUACUACAGGGCAGCUCUGAGCACAAGACAUGGUUGAUGUUCACCCACGACACCGAUAUGGAGAUCUACUUUUCGUCUAUGGGGUUGGUCGAGCUUGAAACUGCGUUACCGGCGCAUGUUGUUUUGCCCAAUCCCUACAACGCGGCCGAGAUGUUCCCCCAGGGAGGCCGAACUUACAUGGAAAAGUUGCAGUGCGGAGGCCAACUGUAUGUGCGGUUUGUUAUGAAUGAUGCAGUGGUUCCGUACCCAAAGUGCACCAGCGGGGUUGGAUUCAGCUGUCCAUUGGAGGAGUUUGUGGAGAUUGUUUCGAGGCGAGACCAAUGCAACUCGAGUGUUCCCACAGAGUUGAGUUUCUUUUGGGACUACCACGAGGUGAGAUAUGACGCGCCGUUGAUUGAUCAAUAG